AUGUCUCCCUCCAUUCCCGACUCAGCCCCGGCAGCCACCCUGUCGCGAGCGCCGUCCCCCGCGGCCAAGUUCGGCACGCGAGCGGUGCACGCCGGAUCGCCUCACGACCCGUCUACCGGGGCGGUGAUCGAGCCCAUCUCGCUGUCGACGACGUUCGCGCAGACGUCGGUCGGCCGGCCGGUCGGGCCGUACGACUACUCGCGGUCCGGCAACCCGAACCGGGCCAACUUCGAGGCCGCCGUGGCCUCGCUGGAGGGGGCCAGGCACGCCCUGGCCUUCUCGUCCGGCAGCGCGACGACGGCGACGAUCCUGCAGUCCCUCCCCGCCGGGUCGCACGUCGUCUCGGUGUCGGACCUCUACGGCGGGACGCACCGGUACUUCACCCAGGUCGCACGCUCGCACGGCGUGGCCGUCACCUUCACGCCCCGGAUGGAGGCCGACCUGGCCGGUCAGAUGACGGAGGAUACGCGGCUGAUCUGGAUCGAGACCCCGUCCAACCCGACGCUGCGCCUGGUCGACAUCCGCGCCGUCGCCGCCGCCGCCCACCGGCACCGCCCCGGCGGCGUCCUCGUCGUGGUCGACAACACCUUCCUGUCGCCCUACGUGCAGAACCCGCUCGGGCUCGGCGCCGACGUCGUCGUCCACAGCGCGACAAAGUACAUCAACGGCCACAGCGACGUCGUCAUGGGCGUCGCCGCCUUCAACUCGGACGAGCUCCGCGACCGGCUCGGCUUCCUCCAGAACGCCGCCGGCGCCGUCCCCUCCCCCUUCGACUGCUGGCUCGCCCACCGCGGCCUCAAGACCCUGCACCUGCGCGCGCGGGAGUCGUCCGCCAACGCCGCCGCCGUCGCCGCCGCCCUCGAGGCCCACCCCGACGUCCUGUCCGUCAACUACCCCGGCCUCGACUCCCACCCGCAGCGCGCCCUCGCCAGGUCCCAGCACAGGGACGCCAUGGGCGGCGGCAUGCUCUCCUUCCGCAUCAGGGGCGGCCACGACGCCGCCGACCGCUUCUGCCGCGCCACCCGGCUCUUCACCCUCGCCGAGUCCCUCGGCGGUGUCGAGUCCCUCGUCGAGCUGCCCAGCAGCAUGACCCACGCCGCCAUCCCGACGGAUCAGAGGGAGGCCGUCGGCGUCUUUGACGACCUCGUCAGGCUGAGCUGCGGUAUAGAGGAUGCCGAGGAUCUGAAGCAGGAUGUCUUGCGCGCUGUUGCUGAGGCUGUCGGUGCUGUCAACGGGAACGGAAAGUAG